UUUAGCAAGGUAUCAGUCUUCUGCUAACAAGUUUAAGAAAGGCAUGAUGAAGACAUCGAUAUUAAUCCUCACCCUCGCACUUUCCGCUUGUCAUACCAAGGAAACGGCAGAGAAGAAGACCACAAAGCGUGGUGUCUUUGGUGAAGGCCUUGCCUUAGGUGGACAUGGUGGAUUGUCGCUUGACGGUGGACAUGGAUUAGGGGGUGGAAUUCUCCUUGGUGGCGGACAUGGUUUGAGUGGACACGGUCUUGGCGGUGGAUUAGGAGGUGGACACGGUCUUGGCGGUGGAUUAGGAGGUGGAUACGGUCUUGGCGGUGGAUUUGGAGGUGGAUUGGGUGGAGGAUUAUCAGGUGGAAUUCCACUUGGACAGCAUGUCAGCAACCACAUCACCGUUACCAAGCAAAUCGGAAUUCCAGUACCACAACCGUACCCAGUUACCGUACAUAAACAUAUUCCGGUUCCAGUACCUCACCCUGUAGCUGUACCCGUCGACAAACCGUACCCAGUACACGUACCCAAACCAUACCCAGUACCAAUCGAGAAACCUGUUCCUUAUCCAGUAGAGAAACCUGUUCCGUAUCCAGUCAAAGUACCAGUUAAGGUUCCAGUACCUCAUCCAGUCGCUGUGCCGAUCCCCAAGCCAUACCCAGUGGCGGUACACAAGCCAGUGCCCGUAGCAGUUCAUGAACCUGUUAUUAUCAAGAAGCCAUACCCAGUCCUCAUUAAAGCCGAUCAUGGAUUAGAUGCCGGCAUUGGAUUAGGAGGUUUAGGCCAUGGAAUUAGUCUCGGCGCUGGUGGUUUUGGUGGUCAUGAUUUUGGAGGACAUGGUGCAGCACUUGGUGGCCAUGGCUGGUAGACUGUGAUUCUGUUUCAUCUCAUAUAGUUGUCAUUAUUAUUACCAUUUCAUUGUAUUAUAUGAAAACAUUUUUGUUGUAUAUAAAUAAAU